AUGGAUAGGACAGAUGAAUAUAUAAAACACAUAGACACAGGCGCUCAGGUUCCUCUUCAAUCGUCAGAAAAAACAUUCUACGAUGCAAUCAUCACAAAAAUAGAACUUAUCAACAAAAGACUUACAAAGUCCCUAUCAUACAAAGAGCUGCUUGCAGUGGAAGAACAAUUUUCGUCACUGUCAUCUGAAUCACAACACACAAUCGAUUCAAUCUCUCUACAGGGCUCAGAUGACCUUAUCCUUCACUUUGAAGGCAUAAAGAAGAUCAUCCGCAUGAAGUUGAAAACACUUGAAAGCAGGAUAUCAAAGCUCAAGGACAAAAAGAUGAGUGUCCCUGUGGAUCUUAAUCCAGAAAGACCACAGACAUUCAAAAAAAUCGACCAGGUGCAGAUAAUGGAAGAAGAAAACAAAAGAUUGGUUGAAAAGUAUAAUGUCGAGGGAUACAGGCUCACAAGGCAAAGGCUUCUCGAGGUUGAAGCCCUGCAAGACACAAUAUUUGAGCAUCUAACUCUACAGGAUGAAAGAAUAGAUGGUAUUGUGGACAUUGCAUCAAGGGCUGGUAACUGCGUUUCAAAAGGAAAUAAUGUACUCGAUAAAGUUGGCGAGUCAGGAAAGCUGUUUCGCAGAUUCAUGUUUAUUCUACUACUUUGCAUGUCGUUCAUCUUGGCUUUCCUUCACUACUACUACAGAUAG